AUGUCCAAUCAACAGCUAGUUGAAAGCAAAGGCAUCUUCCAUGGCCUACCUGUGUACCCAUCCUCGCUGAAAGGGCUCACGGCUAUCAUAACCGGGGCGAAUGGUAUUUCUGGUAACUACAUGCUCCGUGUAUUGGCCGAAGAUCCAGAGCGAUGGAGCAAGAUCUAUUGCCUGUCAAGGCGGCCACCUGCGAUCCCGGAUGGGUUACCGAAGAACGCCGAGCAUAUCCCACUAGACUUUCUACAAGACCCUCAAGAGAUCGCAAAGGUGCUGAAGGAGAAGGGUGUCAAGGCCGACUACGUCUUCUUCUACUCGUACGUUCAAGUCAAGCCAAAAGAAGGUGGCGGCUUGUGGAGCGAUGCCGAGGAGAUGUGCAAGGUGAACACGGCACUCCUUAAGAACUUCUGUGAAGCUCUCCCGAUAGCCAAUGUCAAGCCAAAGCGCAUCAUGCUCCAGACCGGCGCAAAGAAUUACGGUGUUCACCUUGGCCCGACAGCAACCCCUCAGGAAGAAACCGCACCACGCGUCACUCUCGAACCCAAUUUUUACUACCCACAGGAAGACUUUCUUUGGGCUUUCUGCAAGAAACAGGGUAUCGACUGGAACAUAUGCAUGCCAUCAGGAAUUCUCGGUGCUGUUCCGGAUGCAGCCAUGAACAUGGUCUUUCCGCUAGGCGUCUAUGCGAGCGUGCAGAAACAUCUAGGUGAAAAGCUUGAGUUUCCGGCUGACCUUCAAGCAUGGGAAGCCAACAUAUGCAUGUCUAGCAGCAAGAUGAACGCUUAUAUGGAGCAAUGGGCUGUGCUGAACGACGGGGCGAAGAACGAAAAGUUCAACACGAUGGACGGUACGACCUUCACGUUGGGCAAUUUCUGGCCGAAGUACGCAGGGUGGUAUGACAUUGGAUAUGAGCAUCCCAGUCUGGACGAUAGCGCAUACACGGUCACCACCUCAAAGCACGAUCCGCCUCCACGAGGCUUCGGACCACCGGCAACACAUCGCAUUCGCUUUACGCUGACUGACUGGGCAAAACAAGAGAAGGUGCAGAAGGCAUGGGAGGAGAUAAUCUCUAAGCAUGGUCUGAAGGUGGACAAGCUGCAAGAUAUGGAUGUUGAUCGUAUCUUUGGCUUCACAGAUGGAAUGAUGGGCACUCCCCUGGAUCUUACAAUGAACAAGGCACGGAAGAUGGGAUGGCAUGGGUUUGUGGACUCGAACGACGCCAUCAAAGAGGUACUUGGAGAGUUUGCAGAUCUCAAGAUGAUUCCUCCUCUAGAAAAGUAG